CAAACAGGUCAUCAGGGCCAUAGACGACUAUGAACCUCAACUGCACCGGUCUUGGGAAUCGGCAUCCGACCAAACGAUGCGAUACCGUCGGCCGGACGAAUUCCUGAGUUUUUCAAAAGGAGAUUAUUUCCAUGUAAUUAAUCGCGAGAAUGAUGAGGAGUGGUAUGAGGCCUGCAACCCCGCCAUUGCAGGAGCCCAGGGGUUUGUCCCCGUUGAACUAUUUGAAACCGUCGGAAAGAACGCCAGAGAUAGCGGUGGCUCGGUCAACCAGCAAAGGAUCCCCGACCAUGACUCGGGUUAUUCGGAUCAGUCUGCGGGAAGAGCCAGCGUGUCGGGAGGAAUAGAUAAGGCUGGGCGUCGAUUAACCAAGUCUGGGCCCUCAAUUUAUGGCGUUGUGCUUUACGAUUUUGUGGCCGAGCGGCCGGAUGAAUUGGCAGCCAAGGAAAAGGAGUCGAUUAUCAUUAUUGCCCAAUCGAACCCGGAAUGGUUUGUGGCCAAGCCGAUUGGGAGACUCGGCGGUCCGGGUCUGAUCCCGGUGGCAUUUGUCGAAAUUUAUGACUCCAACACACACCAGCCAGUGGGUGAUGCCCAGGAGGCCGUUCGAAUCGCGCGUAUUCCUUCGGUUGAAGAAUGGAAGAAGAUGGCUGCCGAGUAUAAGAACAGCAGUAUCUCCCUAGGCCGGCUUGAGGCCGCCAACCUGUAUGGCAUGCAGCCGGCCGGGGGCGGUGGAGCCAACCACGCCCGAGGACAGAGUGUUGCAAGCGUACACAACAAUUACGGCUAUGAGCACAAUUAUCAUCAGCGAAGUAUCAGCGUUGGCGGAAUACCACACGACACUCGAUAUGUCCAAGAAUCUGCACCGCAAAUGCUAGCACCUGUUUACGCUUCCGUGCCUCGAUACUGCUCCGCCGCCGAGAGCUACUGGUUUGUGGUCGACGUAGUCAUGGAGGAUGAUAGCCAUUGGGAAUUAUGCCGCUAUUACUCCGAUUUUUAUGACUUUCAAAUUCAGCUGCUCAGCAAAUACCCCGUGGAAGCCGGAAACGCUGUCAACCCCGAGACACCUACAGCGGAACCAAUUCGCACAAUCCCAUACAUGCCUGGACCGGUGAAGAUGGUCACCGAACAAAUCACAAAGGGGAGACGAGAAAAUCUAGACCAUUAUGUCAAGGCUCUCCUCAACCUACCACAGCAUAUUGUCAAGGACCCCUUGGUGAAGAAAUUCUUCGCUCCCCGAAGAGGCGAUAUUCAAGUCGAUCCGUACCGAUUAUCUGAUGCAUCGGAAGAGUCCUCCUUUGACCUCUCUCAAGCGGGCUCGCUGCAAUCGUCACAGAACAAUCUCAACGAACCAGGAUACGGACAAGGCCUGUCAGCCCCGCCCCCGACUUAUGGCGCAUACCACAUGGACAAUACUCAAUCCGUCUACACUGGCGUUGCCCAGCCGCAACAAUACCAUCACCCGUCGGAUAUACGGCCAGAUAUGCUUCGCCAGAACAGCGCUUUCACGCAAGACUCGCACGGCUCGCAAAGCGUUUUCCACGACCAACCUACCUCGUCCGCUCUGAAAAUCAAGUUGCGCCGUAACUCUGAAGUCAUUGUUCUCCGGACGACGAAGGAUAUCACCUAUCAGGACCUCCUCGAAAAGACUGUUGAUCGCUUCGAACUAGACCGCGGUGUUGCGCCUGAACUCAACUAUCGUUUGGAAAUAGAGCCCCAAGUCACCGAGCAAGGUCGUCUUGAGGAUAACUGCAUCUAUCCGUCCCUCGAUAACGAUGAGCAAUUACAGGAAGUAUUACAUUCGCUACCAAAGGAUGCGAAGCUGCAGGUAUACGUCAAUGCGCGAGACCGUUUACCUGCGGCAGAUGUACAUGGUGCAAGAUAAAUGCCGAGGGAGGGUCACAGACGAUUGUUGUUCUCUCGCUCACCCUCCUUGGACUACCAUUUUCCUUGUCUUUGUUCCGGAUUUUCCUACGUACGAAACGGUGUGGUUCUCUUAUGCGCUUUUGCAUAUUUGAGUUCCGGGUUGAUCUAUUACCUCUGUGUACCACGUUUCCGAUCUAAUUUCAUUUCCUUGAAUAACGUAUUGGCAUGAGCACGCUUUCUUUUGUCAUCUUUUCC